AUGUUGACUCACACCGGCGACCGACUGCAUGAGUGCAGCGUCUGCGGACGGAGAUUGGCCACGGAAACUAUCCUCGCGCGCCACGCCCUGACUCAUUCGGGCAAGAAGGCGUUCGCCUGCCACGUGUGCGGCCGAAAAUUUUCCCGGACAGACGCACUGAGGGUGCAUUCCCGCACGCACACCGGGGAGAAGCUGUACACCUGCCACCUGUGCCCCGCUUCGUUCGCGCACUUAGUCACGCUGAAAAACCACGUCGCAAGCCACACCGCUGCAUUCGCGCAUAGCGGCACGCUGAAAGCGCAUGUUCUCAACCACACCGGCGAGCGACCUCAUAGGUGCGACAUAUGCGGCAAGACAUUUGCACUAAGGGCGUAUCUCUCGCGCCAUGAGCAAGGGCUGUCUCUCUCGCUCUCCGUUUCUCCUGUUAACCAUGUCACUAUGACACCACAUGCUGACAUCAUCACAGUCAAUCGGCGCUUGACAAAGACCAGGGUGGCCAAGCGCAAGCAGCAACUGCGCACCGAGGACCCGGCAGCUUGCGAAGCCAUUCUAAAUCGCCAAGGGGAACGCAAGCGCCACUGCGGGGCGGAUGCCGCUAACCACGACGCCGAGCCACGGCCGGACUGGAAAGUCGGGUUCCUUGAGAAGGACAAUUUAUGCCAACCAGAAAAAGACGGCAAGCCUACGGCCACGAGGUCCUUGCAGUGCGGCGUGUGCGAGAAAGUUUUCAAGCGAACAUCGCAGCUGCGAACACACUUGUUUGCUCACGUGCGCGAAAACCAGUACACCUGUGGCGUGUGCGGCAAGAAAUUCACGCAGAAGAACAACCUGCAAAGCCUAACCAGGCACACCCGCACACAUACGGGCGAAAAGCCGUACCUGUGCCACCUGUGUCCCGCUGCAUUCGCGGACACGGGUACUCUCAAGGCACAUGUUCUGACUCACACAUGUGAGCGACCACACAGGUGCGAUGUGUGUGGGAAGACAUUUACUGCGAAGCGAAACCUUUCGCGCCAUAAGCUUAUUCACACCGGCGAGCGACCUCAUGGGUGCGACAUAUGCGGGAAGAGAUUUGCACUACGAUCGACUCUUUCGCGUCAUAAGCGUAUUCACUCAGCUAGUAGCUAA